AUGAAAGCAGGGCUUCCGUCCGUGCUUGUAGAGCCUUGUACUUCGAGCUCGAACUCCCAACUCAGUGAGAAACAUGACAGCUCCUCUGAGGAGGUACCGAAGGAAGAGGAGAGAACUAUCACCGGGAUCAAAUUUCAAAGACUAUUCUUACGCAGUUUAACUAAGCUGAGCGAAUUUCGUGGUUGUCCGUCGGGUACAGCUCCCUCUAUUUUAUUUAAAUUGACUCAUUUCCUGGGCUGA